AUGCAGCUCAAUAUGGCGAUGCUUGAAGGGUUCAAUAGAAUUGACGAUGCUCUCGUGUACUGGAAUAUCUGCGAGAAGAACUAUCUUCGCGCCAAGCAUAGAAUCGAGUAUCAAGCCCUUAUAAAGCCUUUGAUCAAGCUCUAUUACAGUAUCAUCGAGUACCAGGCGCGUUCAAUAUGCCAUCUUUCCAAAGCUCAACUCUCCCGUGCAUAG